AUGGCACAGGGCACCAUCCCCUUCCUUGGCACAUUCCUCACUGAGCUGGUGAUGCUGGACACUGCCAUGAAGGACCACGUGGACGGGAAUCUCGUCAACUGUGAGAAAAUUACAAAGGAAGCCAAAGUUCUCCAGGAGAUACAGCUGUUCCAGGUGGCAGCGAGUAAAUAUAAUUUUCAGCGUGAGGAGAAGGUUGAGGUCUGGUUCCACUCGAGGGAGUGGCUCAGUGAGAACGAAAGCUACAACCUGUCCUGCCUUCUGGAGCCCCGACAGCGGCGGGACAGCAGCACACUCAGGAACAGGAAGAUUUCAUCAUGA